GCGGAAAAUUUUGUUUUUUACACUUCUUUAAAUCUUGAAUUAAGAAAAGAUUAAAUGUAGUCAUACAUACAUGCAUACAUCUUCUCCGCUAUUCCAAUUUCCAACACCCUUCAUCACUCCGAUCCAAGAACAUUAAAAACCCAGAAAAAAUUUUAAAAAAAAAAAAAAACCUCGUUCUUUUACAGAUUAUUCCGUCGUUCAUCGGAAAAGUCAACUGUAAAAAUUCAUUGUCUCCACCAUGAGCUCUCCGGGAAGUGGAGUAUUCAGUGGAUUUACAAAGCUGUGUAAGGGACUAGCAGUGAUACUAAUUGGUGGCCACAUUGUGGUUCAGCUUCUUCCUUCUUCUGUUACUUACCUUGCUCUUAUUCCCACCAGGACGAUUCCUUUUGGUUGGAACCUCAUAACUGCUGGUUACAUUGAACAAUCAGUACAUGGGGUGCUUGUCAGCACUCUUGGUCUUCUUUUCAUGGGGAAAUUGCUUGAGCCUAUAUGGGGUUCUAAGGAGUUUUUGAAGUUCAUCUUUGUAAUUAACUUUCUAACUUCUGUCUGCAUUUUCAUUACUGCUAUUGCCUUGUACUACAUAACAAGGCUGGAAAAUUACCUUUAUAUGCCUCUUUCUUGCUUCCAUGGGGUGCUGGCUGGCUUCUUGGUUGGCAUCAAGCAAAUUGUACCUGAGCAAGAGCUGCCUUUGCUGAAAAUAAAAGCAAAGUGGCUGCCAUCACUUAUGCUGUUGCUUUCCAUUGCCAUAAGUUUCUUCACUCUAGAGCCAGCAACAUAUCUUCCAACUUUGAUUUUUGGAACAUAUAUGGGCUGGAUUUACCUCAGAUACCUGCAGAGAAAACCAGAAGCAAAGCAUAGGGGUGAUCCAAGUGAAGAUUUUGCAUUCUCUACAUUCUUCCCUGAAUUUCUCAGACUGAUCAUUGAUCCCAUUGCAUCAAUAUUUCACCGGAUGCUUUGUGGAAAGUCUGAAGCUUCCACAGAUGCUCAAGGUUAUACCUUGGGAGGUGCACCAUUACCUGGUUCUCACCCCAUAGAGGCAUCAAGAAGAAGGUACCUUUUCUGUUUAUUGUCAAAAGUUCUUUAUCUCUAUUGUGAUGGAUUAUCUAAUGAGUUAUACAAUAGAGACAUCAUAUAUUUAAAAAGAAACUUUUAUCAUGAACUUUUACUCUCUCUCAAUAGGUUGAAAAAUGGUUAAACCUUGUUGGAAGAAAUGAGACGAACAAUUCGGAAGAUGUUUGAACAACAUGGUUUCCGUAAGUAGGUUCAUCAUAGAAUUUGGAAAAUUGUCAAUGCAAAAGUUGAAAGUUAUUAGCAAAAAGAUAAUGUUUCUUACCAAGAUCUUAAAUCUAAAAGAAUGUUGGAAUGGCACGAGGCUUUACUUCAAAUCUUCAAGUGACAUAAUUUCAAAGAAACACGUAGAAUAAAUUUGGCCUUGUAAUAUCUGAAGUAGGUUAAUUUAGGAAUAGAAAAUAUGAGGGGAAGCCAAUUCCAGGUUACAAUUCAAACUUGCCCUACGGUUGUAACAAGUCUGAAGACUAAACUCCCCCCAGUA